GCUAUCUUAAAUGCACGAAUUAAAGCUUGAUUCUCGAUGAGCUCCCUAGGCCUAUAUAUCAAUGGCGCACCCGGCGAAUCGGCCGCAAUUCAGCCAUACCUGUCCCUCAUUAAUUCGGAUGCUAGACCGGAGUUCUAUGCAUGCAUGGCUGACCGCGCCUCCCAAGAUCUCCGGAAGACGUAGACGCCACCGCCUCAUUCGCUUGUUAAAUACCCAGGAUCUCUAGAAGAGCCACCUCCCUUCCAUCCCCAAACCUUGUAGACAGCGUAGAUUGUCCAGCCCGAAGGUUACGCACAAAAAACAAAAUCAAGGACCAAUCAAUCAACUCGACCCCCCUAACCCGAUUUUACAAGUGCGCCUAGUAUGGGACCAGAAUCAAGUUCGACGACAGAAGAGCUAAUGACCAACGAGAAUCCCUACGUUGACACAGCUACGAACGUGUUCCUAGACGGAUUUAGAAAUGGCUUGUCCGGCGUACUGGAUGUCAGUGGGAAGUUCGAUCAUCGUACCAAAGUCCUCAAGGCAAGUGGUGGAUAUUCCCACGUCUAUGUAGCAUACUGCGAGGUCGUCCCAGGUACCCCUCGCAUACAGGUAUGUUACAAAGAACUACGUCCAGGUGCCAGUAAUGCGCCGGAACAAAUCUGGGGAACUAGAAAAAUGGUCAAGCAUUUGACUCAGGAAGUGAAGAUAUGGAAGGACCUCAAACACCCAAACAUCAUCGAAUUCAUUGGGUAUGCCAUAGAAGGCGAACGUUCAGAGGAGAGGGCCAUCUUGAUAUCCAAGUGGUGUAAGAACGGGGACGUUGUGGAGUAUUUGAGAACACACCCAGACUCGAGUAGGAUCCAAUUGCUUCGAGAUAUGGCAAAUGGGUUACAUUACCUUCACAGCCAAGAGCCUGCCAUCGUUCAUGGCGAUUUAAAACCGCAAAAUGUCCUCAUAAAUGAUCAGGGCAUGGCACAGCUUUGCGACUUUGGCCUAUCCCGCGCUAUGAACGAAGUUUCUAGAAUCAUCAAGACAUCGACGGUUUUUGGAUGCACGAUAAGGUACUCGGCACCUGAAGUGAUCAUCGAGGAGAUCAAGACGAUGAAGAGCGAUAUAUACGCGUUCGGGUGCACAUCUAUUCAGAUAUGGUUCGGUCAACAUCCCUUCCCUCGCAUUACGAACGAUCAACGGCUGUUUGAUGCUAUUGGAAAAUAUCAAGCCCCUUGGAUGUGGGACUCAAAGAUGCCCCUAGAACGCAUUCUUUCUCUCUGCUGUCAAGCGCACCAAGAAGAUCGCCCGUCGAUCCGCGACAUACUUCAACAACUUGACAACCCAUUGAUCUACGAUCUCCGACGCGUCCAGUUGGCAUAGGUAAGACAGAAUUUAAGCCCCAGUACACUAGGCGGAGGACGUGGAGCCCCCCAGCGGGUUCCUGGCUUGGAAUUAGGAACUUAAAAGGAUCUAUCAUCUCAUCUCUCCCAGACACUUGAUGUUCCUUCGGGGCCCACAUUAUAAUAUUGCG